CGCGCGCUCCCCGGGAACUCCCGCGGGUGGCUCGGCGCUCUCCCGGAGGCGCUCCCGAGCCGCCGCGGACGCCGCCAACAUGGCCGAGACGAGCGAGGAGGUGGCGGUGCUGGUGCAGCGGGUGGUGAAGGACAUCACCAACGCCUUCAGGAGGAACCCGCACAUAGAUGAAAUUGGCCUGAUCCCAUGUCCUGAAGCUAGGUAUAAUCGGAGUCCCAUAGUCCUGGUUGAAAACAAACUUGGCGUGGAGAGCUGGUGUGUCAAGUUCCUUUUACCGUAUGUCCACAACAAACUCCUUUUGUACAGAACAAGAAAGCAAUGGCUGAACAAAGAUGAAUUGAUAGAUGUCACAUGCACCCUGCUACUUCUAAACCCAGACUUUACCACUGCGUGGAACGUGAGAAAAGAGCUGAUCCUCUCUGGCACUUUAAAUCCAAUUAAGGACUUACAUCUGGGAAAACUGGCCUUAACUAAGUUUCCAAAGAGUCCAGAAACAUGGAUUCACAGGCGAUGGGUGCUACAACAGCUAAUUCAGGAAACCUCCUUGCCUUCCUUUGUGACCAAAGGAAACUUGGGAAUAAUUCCUGCAGAAAGGACACAGCAACUAAUACGAGAAGAGAUGGAGGUCUGUGGUGAAGCAGCAGGGAGAUACCCAAGCAACUAUAAUGCCUGGUCCCAUCGCAUCUGGGUUUUACAGCACCUGGCCAAGCUAGAUGUCAAGAUUCUUCUUGAUGAACUAUCUUCUACUAAACACUGGGCGUCCAUGCAUGUUUCAGACCACAGUGGAUUUCACUACCGCCAGUUUUUAUUAAAGUCUUUGGUUAGCCAAACUGUGACAGAUGGUUCUAUAUUGGAGCAAAAUACCUUGAGAAGUGAGCCAGCUGUAGUUCUUCCAAAAGAUGAAGAAGCAGUGGCUUCAGCAGAGGAAUCAAGGAUAAAUCUUCCCCAUCUUCUAGAAGAAGAAGUUGAAUUCAGCACUGAUCUUAUUGAUUCCUACCCAGGACAUGAAACCCUUUGGUGUCAUAGGCGGCAUGUUUUCUACCUUCAGCAUCACUUAAAUGGUAGGUUUCCUCACAGCGUGGUGCAGUUGUCACCUGCAGACAGCCCAGGGGGGACUUUGAGUGACUUGAACCUCAUCGCAGCAGGACCACACACAUCUCAGGCAAUGGAGGUGGAUGGACUCAGUGACUCUAGCAAGCAAGGCUAUUCCCAGGAAACCAAACGCCUGAAGCGGACCCCUGCUCCAGACUCCCUGGGCCUGGAAAUGGAGCACAGGUUCAUCGAUCAAGUAUUGUCCACGUGCCGGAACGUGGAACAGGCCAGGUUUGCCAAUGCAUACAGGAAAUGGCUGGUUACACUGAGUCAAUGAAAGAGGUGGAUUAGUCCUGCAAGGUUCCCCUUUUAGUGCAAUAUUGCUUUCCUUUCUUACUUACAUAGUUGCAUGAACUGUUUGCUAUUAUUGUCUAACUAUAUGUGCUUCAUCUUUAGGUUAAAAGUCCAUAGUAAAUCUUUCAUUUUAUUUAUUUUGUUAAGAACUGGCAUUCCUUUGGGGAUAAAAUAAUUGUGUAGUUCCUUCCUGCUGAACAGUGAGUCUUAAUUUUUUUCUUUUAAACUUCUCAUCCUUUAUAUUCCUAUACUUGAGGCUUUUUUCAUUUGGUUCUCCAGAUUGGUUCACACACACCUCAACCCACCUCAGUGUGGUUGCUGCAUAGGCUAGUUUUUUUUUUUUUUUUUUUCAUUAAAAGUUUAUGUUGUAGUUUAGCUUAAGAACAAUACAAAUUCAAAAUUACUUGAUCUAAUUGUUGUUUUGAGAAUCAGAUGGCCAGAUGGAUGGAUGUGUGAAAAUACACACCAUUUCUCUUUCUCUAGUAUGUUCUACUAAAGUCAUAGACCAACAUAACCAAAGUCAGAAGUAUUGGAAUUUAUAUGAACAACAUGCUUCCAAUAUAGUCCAUUUAAAAAAUGGUUAUUUUUUAAAAAACUAAUUUUAAGAGUUUAUGUAAUUGUAGUGGAAAAUUAUUUUUACUACUAGCUUUGAUAGGUUGUUUUUACCUCAAUUAAAAUCAAUUUUAAAAAAACCUAGAAUGCUGUUUUUAGUUAUUACUACUUAUUUUCCUCCACAUUCACCAUGAAAAAUGGGAGGCUUAUGCAUAGAAAUGUGUCCAUUAAAGAUCUUCCUUUUUAAAAUUUAAGUUAUUAAGGAUACACUGGAUAAACUAUAAAGUUUUUGUGAAGUGAUUAUUAAAAGUUUACUGGCAAAAGCCAGGGGGGAUGAAUAGUUUUGAAGGUUAGUUCUUCAGUCUUUAUUUUAAAAAAUAAAACAAUUAAAAAACUUUGAUACUAAAUUUAUCAGGGACAAGGUACCAAAGUAUCCACAUUUGAGCUGUAUCUUAUCUUUUCAAUAUAAGGGCUGGGUUUUUCAGGUAGGUGAGGCAGGUGUGGGGAAAGUGCCAGGUAAUGUCUAAUGUCUUAAUAUGAAAGAAUGCUUUGCAUUUCUUCUUUCCACACACUUUCUCUUUAUUUUCCCAAUCCAUUUUUUUGUCAUCUCCACUUUUGUAUAUUUUUCCUUAUCUGUUGUAUUUCAUGGAUGUGUACUAAACAUAUUCUCCUCUCUGUUUCCAGUUAAUUCCAUACCCCAUUAAACACAUGUACACAUACA